UCUGCCUCUGUCUGCCCAACACCCAGCACAGGUGCUGGCAGUCUAGAGCAUGCUGAAUGGGUCAAUGAAUGCGGAAUUCAUCGUCCCUGAUGCCAACCUUGACCCGAUGAAGAUGCUCUGAGCACCUCCAGAGCUACGUUCCCAGAGGUUCUUUCCUACAGGCUGGACAGCACCGGGCUUUGAUCAAUUCCGGUUGUGGCCCUGAGAACACCAGGGACAGGGAGAGCUGGCAUGCCUGCUCCCAGCUCCCCAGGCCCUCCUUGCAGCGCUUGGUGCUCUUAUAAAGGAACGAGCUAAAAGAACCCGACGCCCUCCGGGAUCUAGCGGCUCAGCAUUUGGCCACCGGGUCUGGCCGGGAGCGCCCCCUCUGCGGACUCCAUUUCCCUGGCGUCACUCACGCCGCAGCACUUCCGGUGGCCUAGGCGGAACCCCAGGGCAUGCCGGGAAUCUCGAGGUGCGCAGGCGCAGCUGCCCGGAGGGGACUCGGGGGGUUUUUUCAGCCCUUUGUUCUUGGGCUCCUGCUGGUUGAUCGUGGGCAGGGCAGAGAGGUGCGGAGGGAGUCAGUGCGCAGGCGUGGCCCCACCCAGCGCGGCGAGGGAGUCCCUCCUCCUCCUUACCAGUCUGGCCAAAGACUUGCAGGUACCCUGCCAGCUCUGCCUUCUCAGGACUCUGCCCUUCCCCCGAAAAGGACCCUGAAGGAGGAGGAAGCAGCAGACGAAGCAAUGCCUUCUGGUGCCCUGACCAGUGGUCGGUCACAGGAAUUGGUGACAUUCAAGGACGUGGUUGUUGACUUCACCUGGGAGGAGUGGGAGCUGCUGGAGCCGGGUCAGAAGGCCCUGUACAGAGACGUGAUGCUGGAAAACUAUAGAAAUCUGGUCGCCCUGGGACAUCCUGUUUCCAAACCAAAUGUGAUCUUCCAAUUAGAGCAAAGUGAAACACCAUGGAUGCUGGAGAGAGAAGCACCAAGCAGCAUUUUUCCAGAUUGGGAGGCCAGGUUUGAGACCAAAGAAACAGUUUCAAAGUCUUAUUUCACUAUCGAAAAAUCAUUCCAAGAAUCCUGGCAUGGUCCCUGGGGUUCUAAUUGGGGGGAGUCCUGGGAAUGUGGUGGCAGGUUUAAGAGGCAGCAGGGGGGCCAGGAGAGAAAUUUCAGGCAAGUACCAUUUGCCCACAAGAAAACUGAUGAGCCAAGAAGUCAGGAAUGUAAUAACUUUGAGAGAAGUUUCUGUUCAGACCCAAUUCUUAUGACACAACAGAGUGCCAGAAAGAGUCUCCCUAAGUAUGAUUCGUAUCCACUUUGCUUUGAACAACAUUCUGACCUAAUUCAACUUGAUAGGAUCACCUCAGGGAAAAAACCUGGUCAAUGUGAUGAAUGCAGCAGCAUUACUUUAAGUUACCCCUCAGACGUUGUUCAGUGUCAUAAAAUCCUUAAUGGAGAGAAACCCUAUGCAUGUUAUGAAUUUGGGAAAACUUUCCACCAGAGGGACAUUACCCAAGAUCAGAAAACCCUUAUUGGCGAGAACCUCCACAUAUAUAAUGAAUGUGGGAAAACCUUCAGUGAUAACUUAACUCUUACUCUACAUCAGAGAAGUCAUACUGGAGAGAAGCUCUGUGAUUGUGAUGUAUGUAGGAAAGCCUUGAGUGACACCUCGUACCUUCCUCCACAUCAGAGAAUUCAGAUUGGAGAGAAAUCCUAUAAAUGUCCUGGGUGUGAGAAAUCAUUCAGUCAGUACGCAAGCCUUGUUAGACACCAGAGAAUUCAUACAGGUGAAAAACCUUAUAAAUGUAGUGAAUGUGGAAAAGCCUUCAGUCAGUGCACAAACCUGAUCCGACAUCAGAGAGUUCAUACUGGAGAAAAAUUCUUUAGAUGUCAUGAAUGUGGGAAGACCUUCAGCAACAGUUCAUCUUGCAGUAUACACCAGAGAAUUCAUACAGGAGAGAAACCCUAUGGGUGUGGUGAUUGUGGACAAGCCUUUAGUCAACAGGGAAGCCUUAUCCAGCAUCAAAGAAUUCACACUGGAGAGAAGCCCUUUAAGUGUAAAAAAUGUGGAAAAUCCUUCAGCCAAAAUAUACACCUUACUCAACAUCAGAGACUUCAUACUGGGGAGAAAAUUUAUAAAUGCAAUGAAUGUGGUAAAGCCUUCAGCAAUAGCUCCACACUUAUUCUACAUAAUAGGAUUCAUACUGGAGAAAAACCUUAUGAAUGUAAUGAAUGUGGAAAAACCUUCAGCCAGUAUACAACUCUUAUUCAACAUCAGAGAAUUCACACUGGAGAGAAACCUUAUAAAUGUAAUGUGUGUGAAAAAACCUUUAGCCAGAGUACAAGCCUUAUUCGUCAUCAGAAAAUUCAUACUGGAGAGAAACUCUGUGUAUGCCAUGAAUGUGGACAAGCCUUUAGUCAGCAGGGAAGUCUUACUAAACAUCAGAGAAUUCAUACUGGAGAGAGGCCCUAUAAAUGUAAUGAAUGUGGAAAAGCCUUCACCCAGAGUAUGAACCUUACACGACAUCAAAGAAUUCACACUGGAGAAAAAUUAUAUAAAUGUAAUGAAUGUGGAAAAGCUUUCAGUAAUAGCUCAUCUCUUACUCAGCAUGAGAGGAUUCAUACUGGAGAAAAACCCUAUAAUUGUAGUGAAUGUGGUAAGGCCUUCAGCAAUAGCUCAUCAGUUACUCAACAUGAAAGAAUUCAUACUGGAGAGAAACCCUAUAAGUGUAAUGAAUGUGGGAAAGCCUUCACUCACAGUAUGAAUCUUACUCGACAUCAGAGAACUCAUACUGGAGAGAAACCAUAUCACUGUAAUGAGUGUGGAAAAUCUUUCAGCCAGAACAUGAACCUUACACGACAUCAAAGAAUCCAUACUGGUGAGAAACCCUACAAAUGUAAUCAAUGUGACAGAGCCUUCAACCAAAGCACAUCUCUUGCUGAGCAUCAGAAAACACAUAGGAAAGAAGCUGGGAAAUAUAAUAAGUGUAACCGGGCUUUUAGCUGAAGCAGAUACUAUCAGGGAAUAUGUUUUUUUGUUUGUUUGUUUGUUUUUAAGCAGAAAAAAGCUCAUUAAUUAUUGUGAAUGUGGGAAAGCCUUACCAGAG